AUGCUAGAUAGGCGAUUUUCUAAAAGUAGAAUCGGUCGCAACUCGCAAUACUUUACACUUAGACGGAUUCAGGAAAGAAAGCUUUACUUCUAUGAUAACGUCCCCAGCGGCGCUGACAAACAGAGUUUAAACGAGUGGGAGGCUAUCCGAUAUUAUGACGACGCUAUCGUAUCUGCAUGUGCCUUGAAAGAUAAAACAUUUGAGAGGAAAGAAGAAAUUGAGUACGGAUUUUACGAUAGUCUCGAUGUUUUUGGUGCUACCUACGCUCGAAGGAAAGAGAUGCGACACAAUCUUGAUGAACCCGAAUGGUUCGUUUACGGACCUCAGGAUGUUGAAGAGGGAGUCGAUUUGCAAGAGUCUAGCACCCAUUCAGGAACCGGAAAAAAAACAGUUAAUUCUGUAAGACAUGUAUAUGAUGAGGACGAGAAAGAGAAUGAUUUGUUACUUAAACGACAAUCCGGUGAGUUUCCUUGUUCACUAGUCACACGUGCACAGGACUCAGAGGAAAUUUUCGAGAAGCAUGUGGCACUGCUACUGGUGAUCAGCAAACAAGUUCGUCCUUAUUAUCGGUUAUUUGUCCUACAGGAAGAGGUUUUGAAGCGAGAACAAAACCAACUCAUUCAAACGCAGAUCAGGAUGGAACGUACAAAGACUGCCCAACUAUUUGGGAGGCCAAUGUUGAACCCGAUUUUGUUGCAACAAUUGAUUCAGCGACAAAUGGAUAUACGCAGAGGGGAGAGUGUAAUGGAAGGUGGUACAAAGAGGGGCCCGGCUAGCGAACGAAUCAAGAAUGGGGCCCAUCCAACCACACGCGCAGAAGUGGCGACUGGAAGUACUUCGAGAGACAAUACUGACUAUCACCCGAAACGAACGAAUCGACAACUACAGCCAACUACAGACAAUCCGAAGCUAGCCAGAAAGAUAUACACCGAAUGCCACCACGUCGGAGCUGUCGAUCAGCGUAUCUCACGCUACGAUCGGGUCAAACCAGCCGGAACGGCACGCGGAAGAAGAGGCAACGUACGUGCCAAGUGCGGACCAAAACUAGCAGCGAUUGACCAACAGAAAGAGGCAUGA